AUGGGUGCCAAAGCGACUGGGCCCGAUGCUCUUGGAGGUGGCGAGCAAUAUGCAACCCCCAGAACCGAAGUUCACGAUGACACUUUAAAAGAGACAGUUCUGUCCACAGAAGUGAAGCCAGCCGGUUCUGGCCCGCCGUCCGAUCCGGAAGGCUAUGAUAGGCUUAGAGAACAGGUAAUUUUAAAAAAUGGCCAGGAACACCUCAUUUCGUGGACCUUGGAUGAGGAACGGCGUGUUGUUCGCAAAGCUGAUCUUCUGUUUCUUCCCAUUUUCACGGUUAUGUUCACAUGGAUGGCUAUUGACCGAACCAAUGUGUCUGGUGUCCUUUCUUCCACCUUUCUCAAGGAUACCAAUAUAUCACGGGAUCAGGCCAACACUGGUGUCUCCUUGCUAUGGCUAGGAAUCGUCCUUCUUGAGAUCCCUUCAAACGUCGUCCUUCAUCGGAUCGGUGCCCACUACUGGAUUCCUUUCCAGGUCAUCCUCUGGGGGAUUCUUGAAGUUCUUCAAAUGUUUGUCACGAAUGCCGGCGGCUGGUAUGCAGCUCGACUGUUCCUUGGAUUGGCCGAGAGUGGCUUCAUUCCUGGAGCGCUCUAUACGUUGUCAAGGUGGUACACCAAAGACGAACUUGCGUCUCGAACGGCCAUAUUCUUUUUUGGAGCCUCUAUUGCAGCAGCGUUCGGUUCGCUCAUAUCGGCAGGUGCCCUACGUCUUCACGGAGUCAAUGAUCGCCCGGGCUGGCACUGGAUAUUCAUUAUUUGUGGUGUCUCAACCAUUGCCACUGGGGUGCUUGGUCUUAUCACCAUCCCCAAAUCCCCGUAUCAUACUAACCGUCUACUUGCUGGGCUCAUUCCUAGUCACGGCUGGCUUUCAGACCGCGAAGCCGAUGUGUUUACAGCUCGGCUUGCCAAGGCUAGCGAAAAGAAUCAAGAUGCUACACUCCAUAUCAAACUUGCGGACAUCCGGGAUGUUUUCACUGAUUGGAGGCUCUGGCCACAUCUUGUGAAUCUGCCGGUUACCUCGAAAACAUCAUGGUCCUUUUAUGCCGCCUACUUUGUUGCCACAGCUGCCCCUGGCUGGCAGUCAAUUAAUGUUACUUGGUUGGCACUCAACGCCAAGACGCCACAGAAACGCGCCAUCUCAUAUGCUAUCUACAGUGGGUUUCUCUGGAUGUAG